AUGGGCUUGGGCAAGCCACCUUUGCUGUCGCUCAAAUUCGCGGUGGUUUUCUCUCUUUCUGUUGCUGCCGCCACCACCACCACCUCUUCCUCACUCUCUUUCCCCAAAGCCAAAACCCAGAAUUUGUCCAUCAAUUCCGCACCCAAAGCCACCACCAAAGAUCUUAUAUCGCUUCUGGGCUCCCCUCAACAAGCCUCAACUGUAAAUGCUGAAGUAGCCCAGAAGUUCAAAUCGUGUUUUAAAUUUCUUGUACCCUUUUCACCUCACGCUGCGUCAUGUUCGGUGAACCACAGUUCUCGACGAUCACUCCGUUCGGAUAAAUUCAUUGUUGAUUGUGGUAAAGGGGCGAAUGAGGAUGAGAGGUUCUAUAAUGAGUUGAUCUGGUGGCCACCGGCGCCGGUGCUGGAGCUCGCCCGCUUAGCCGUUGACUCUGGUGGCGACCCGGGUGCUAUUCAUAGGACUCUUGAUCCUACUGUCAUCCCAGUACCUGACUGUGAAGGGUCUAAAGAAGAUAAGUGUGAACUUACUAGAACUCCCUAUGGAUGGCGAUUUGUGAAUGCUGAGUUGAAUUCAUACAUAGCACUUUUGUUUGAAAUAAUUGCUGCCCGAGGUCCCAGUGUAGGGUUGAAUGUUUCGUUAAACCGCUAUGACCUAUUUCACGGCCAUCUUUUUAUUGCUGUGGACUCUGGAAGACUUGGUAUUUUGUUCCAUGCGAAGGAAUACCCAGCUUAUCAGAAAGGUGUGUUUCCAUAUAACAUGGGGUUUUGCCAGCGGGGUUCCAAUGUCUGUUAUGAUGAUUCAAUGAAUCUACGCAACAUUCUUUGGCUAGCCCCUUUACCAAGUAGUUCAAGAAAAGAGUGGUUGGCACCUGGAGUCCUCGUCGUACUAGAUGCUCAUCCAGACGGCAUAAUCUACCAGGAUCUCAUACCUAAAUAUGUCCGCUUUGCAAGGACUCUAUAUGAAGAUGAUUUUGGAGAGGUCGUAGUUGAUGUAAACUACCUGAAUGUUGGAGCUAAAGAGUCGAAGUAUCAACUCUUCAUAUGUUAA